AGAGUGCACAGCCCAGCGAGGGAGAAGGGCAGGAGCAAAGGACGGCUCUGGCUGCGGGAGCCUGGCACAAGAGUUAAAAAUGACUCUCAACAAUGUUACCAUGCGUCGCACCCACAACAGCAGUCUGCACCAGCAGCAGCAGCGAUGGAGCAUCCCUGCUGAUGGGAAGAAUCUGCUGGUCCAGAAAGACUCCAAUGAGUACAACCCACAGAAACGAUACACCAUCAGCCCUGAUGAAUAUUACAGAAGGAGCUGGUCCUCAGAGUCAUCCGACUCCGUCAUCUCCUCCGAGUCUGGCAGCAGCUGCUACCGCGUGGUGCUGAUCGGGGAGCACGGCGUGGGCAAGUCCUCGCUGGCCAACAUCUUUGCAGGGGUGCACGACAGCAUUGACAGUGACUGUGAGGUGCUGGGAGAAGACACAUAUGAAAGAACCCUGAUGGUGGAUGGGGAAAGUGCGACUAUUAUACUGCUCGACAUGUGGGAUAAUAAGCGGGAGGGAGAAUGGAUCCGAGAGCACUGCAUGCAAGUGGGAGACGCCUACUUGAUCGUCUACUCCAUCACGGACCGGGCAAGCUUUGAGAAGGCCUCUGAGCUCCGGAUACAGCUCCGCAGGGCGCGCCAGAAAGAAGAUAUCCCCAUUAUUUUGGUUGGCAACAAAAGUGACCUUGUCAGGUGCCGUGAAGUUUCAGUGGCAGAGGGGCGAGCCUGUGCCGUGGUGUUCGACUGCAAGUUCAUCGAGACCUCAGCAGCUGUGCAGCACAACGUGAAGGAGCUCUUCGAGGGCAUCGUGCGGCAAGUCCGGCUCCGCAGGGACAGCAAGGAAAAGAACGAGAAGCGCCUGGCGCUACAGAAGCGGAGAGAGAGCAUCCCCAAGAAAGCCAGGCGGUUUUGGGGCAAAAUAGUUGCCAAGAACAACAAGAACAUGGCCUUCAAACUCAAGUCCAAGUCUUGCCAUGACCUCUCAGUACUUUAAGAACACUGGACUCUGCCAGAGCUUGCGGCAUUUUGCCGACGUUAUCUAACUUUGUCAUAGGACAAUCAAUCAAUCUAUAUUAGAUUGGGCUAUCAGUGACUUAGGUUCACAGCUGUGAUUGUGAUGAUAUGUGCUGGCAUAAGAACAGCACAGUGCAUGGAAAUAGCUCUUCCCUUUUUUAAAAUUUUUUCUGAUUUUUUUUUUAUCAGUAGUUUUAAAAGAAAAGCAUAGACCAGAAUGACCCAAAGUUAUGCUGGGAGCUGUUCUGGAAUACACCUGUUCUUUCUCUUCUCACCUUUGGACAAUAGUGUAAGAACCUCAAACGCCAUAACUUGGGAAGUGAAAACUACUGUCUUUACUCUUUCUUCUUGCUAUUAAUAUUUCUUUUUUAAAAAUGUGUAAAGAAUUGAGGAACUGACUGGAGAUUGGUCCCUUGUCAGUUGUCUGGUCAGGCUUGAGCACCCACAGCUGAAAAAAAAAAAGGCAUUUUUGUAGAAUAACCACAAAGACACCUGUUUGGUAUUUUUUCUUUAUUUUGAGGAUUAGUUUCAGUGAGUUUACACAUCUCUUACUUUGAAAAUAUUUAAAGGAAAAAUCCUACAGUCAAACAAAUUUUCCUCUCAUGUUUUCAUAUUAUGGGACUGUUUAAAAAUCAUAGUAAAAUUAAAAUUAAAGUGCAAAUUGUAUCAAAGUGCAUCAAGUGCAGGAUGCCAAACCUUUAAAAAUCACCUGAGCUUUUUUAUGCCACCACGUGGACUUCUUGUAUCCAUCCUUGGCCUUUCUCUAUGCCAGAGAUAUGCUGUAUUUAUUGUUGUGCAAAAUAACAAGCAUUUUAAUGUCGAGGGGAAAUGUAUUUAUUACCAAUUUUCUUAAGAUAAUAAUGUUAAUUUUAUUACUGUUUUCUAUCUAAUAUCUUUUUUCAGAUAUGCAAGUUUUUACUUACAUGCCUUGUA